AGACUAUCCGUAACAUUUAGUGUAACUCCAAUAUGGGCUUCUCAAGGCUGCUUUCUUCACGUUCGAAGGACACCGUGCACAUGUCGGCUCACACCGUAGGUCGCCUGCGGGGUCGACCUUUGGAAGGCGCAUGUCUCAUUGAACUGCACAAAUACAAAAUUUUUCAUUCAACCCAAAAUUCAUCGAAACCUUUCCGCAGGUCUUGGGAUGAAUUGGAGCACUACAAAGUUGAUCCAUUCCGUCGACAUUCAAAAAAGUGCCUGUCUGCCCGGAGUUCACAUCCUGACCCCACAAGACAGAGUUGUAUGCCGGGGCAGGGACUCUGCUGGGUCAAAAUGUGUUCCAUUCACAACAUCACGUCGACCUGCCUUCCUUGAAAGCUCGAUGUUCUAUGGCCCGACUAUAGACAGGUUCUUUCAAGUUGGCGCCAUUGUCCCCGGUGAAGUCGGUCAACACUAUUCAAAGAAUAUGAUGUGUGGAUUAGUAAACGGGCGGAGCUAGGGAAAACAUUAUAUAUCAGGUGUCAGGACGAUAGAAUAGAAUAAAAACCGGACUGAUCGUCAAAAAUGUGCAGCUAAGUAUCCUUCUCGCAUCUGAGCUGGAGGCGUCGAGAUCGGCAGUUGGAAUAUAGGUGUAGCGCAAUU